CGGCUUCGGCGAAUAACCUCGCUGUAAAGCCGAGGUUGUCUUCUCAGCAUCUGGUGCGGAAGGUUGCUAGUAUCAACCGGAAAUUAGAAGCUUGGAAAGCAGAAAUUUCGCCCUUAUUACAGGCUCGCUGGACGUCAUCAUCAAACGCACCUGGUUAUGCUUCCCGCGAAGAAUUCGACUUGGACAUCGGCGCAUCCGGGCACGCCUACGAGAAUGUGCGAAUCAUUGUCAACGGACCCUUACUCUCUUUCCGAUUAAUGACCCGUUCGGAUGGAGCAGCAGAUCACCCCAACGACUCAUUCACAGUCAAUGCAAGCAUGCCGUGACGCCGCUAAGCAAGCAAAUUAUCAUGAGUAUGGCCGUGAUGCUACUGUUACGGCAGAGGAAGAUACUCGUCCACAACAACCAGACUCACUGCCCAGUGCCAACACCUACUUACCAGUAAUGGCUGGCCCUGAAGAAACUUCUCCACCCGAAACAAACGAUACGGCAUUUCAGUACAUCCCCGAUACAGCCCUAUCACAAGCCGUAGCUGAAUUCGAAAAAGCAGGGCAGGGCUCCGAUAAUCUCGCCUGGCCGUUUGCUGAUGAUGUGUUUCCGUCGUUGGAGCAAGCGUGGAUAUGGGGAUUGGAUAGUUUUACGCUUCCGGAGUAGAUCGGCGCACUAUAGUGUUUAAUUAACGG